GUCAUUCAACGGGUAAAAUCAGCCUCAGUCACGGUAGACGGCCAGCUUAUCUCAACAAUCGGCAAAGGCUUGCUUGUGCUAGCUGCGAUUGGCAAAGAUGAUACUCAGAAGGAGGUCGAAUCAAUGGCCAACAAGAUCUUAAAAGCAAAGCUGUGGGACAACGACGAAGGCGGCAGAUGGAAAUGGGGUGUCAAGGAUAUCGAGGGAGAGAUUCUCUGUGUAUCACAAUUUACUCUGCUUGCCUCUGUCAAGAAGGGCAACAAGCCAGACUUCCACAAGUCUGCCAGCGGAGAGAAAGCCAAAGAGCUCUAUGACCAGUUCUUCAAGAAAGUACAAGCCUUGUACCAAGCAGACAGAGUCAAAGAUGGCGUCUUUCAAGCCAUGAUGGAUGUGGCUUUAGUCAACGACGGACCGGUAGGUGUAGAUUAUACGUGCGAAGAUGGCGCGGUAAAUAUCUCAAUGUCUGCCAACGUGCUUGAUGCUGACAUGUUCUUCGUCGCAGGUCACUAUCCAGAUAGACACGGAUCCUCCCAAGAUGGACAACCCUACUAG